CUGUCAUCCAAACACACUGCCACUUCACUCCUGAUCCAGGGAUCCCCUUCCUCCGCCCCUGCUACUCCUGAGCUCCCCGCCUCCGCCAGCCCGCGCGCGGCUGCCGGAUCUCGCGCGGUAUGGCGAUUCGCCCAUUCCAUCGCUUCCCCCUAGCUUCCAUCCCUCCGUAGUGACUCCGAGCUUGAACUCCGGCCACGGGCACCCCGCCGGCGCCCACCCGUUAUCUCAGAUCUGCGCCUGGCCGGCGUCAUCUGGCCACCCACCGCCGGUCCUCUCCGUCCUUGACUGGCCGUGGGAGACCCCGAAACUGACCGCGUCCGGGUUGCGAAGCUUCAGGCGAAGCAUUCGGCACUCGACACGCGCCGCCUGUUCGACGAAAUGUCGAGCCGCCAGAGCAAGAAGGCGUCGAGUGCGGACGGCGGCGACCGGAUCAGCGGCCUGCCGGACGAGGUCCUCCACCGCGUGCUGUCGCACCUGCCGGCGCCCGAGGCCGCGCGGACCAGCGUUCUAGCCGCCGCCUGAGCGUCGCUUUUCCUUGGGCGUCCCUGCCUGUCGGCAGGACCGAGAGAGUCGCGAGGUUAAUAUCCCAGCACGGGCUCCGCCGCAGCCACAGUCUCCACCAGCCUCGGUUGAGUGUUGCACGCCUGCUGAGUGUUGCUGGGGAUAGGACUGCGCUGGCUGUUGACAGGCUGAACAGGAUGGUGAACCGCCUGCUUCUGCUCCGCGACCCUGUGCUCUGACAUAUCUGCAACUUCAGAUUUGAUGGUUUUCCGCGUGUGGACGGUGCCGAAGUCGACGUCUGGAUCCGGCAUGUGCUGUCCUGGCAAGUUCCGGUGCUCAUAGCCAGGCUUGGCACCAAUGUUCACACGCAACUCGGGAACCAGUUUCUUGUUUCAGCACACCUGAAGAGGCUAGAGCUUAGUGAGGUGAAGUUGACAGGGAGUUUUCUUGAUUUCUCAUCAUGUACGGCGUUGGUGUGUCUGAGGAUGCAUGCUUGCAUUAUGUUGACAAGAUCUUCUCCGAAUCACUCAUAGACCUCAAAAUCACACACUGCAACUUUGACUUCGGUGCCAUAACGACUAUUUCUGUCCCAAGCCUUCGUUUUCUUGUACUAGCUUAUUGUGAAGGUCAAACUCCUAUGCUUGAAACCAUGCCACGGUUGGUGAAUGCAGUUAUCACGCUUGGAUGGUUUGAUGAGGAUCGGUGUGGUAUAGAUACUGACGAGGAUCACUGUGGCGAAGGUACUGAUGAGGUUCAUUAUGGUGAAGGUACCGAUGAGGAUUAUCAUAAGCUAUGCAGGAACUGUUGUGGUGUAUGUGCAAACUGUUGUGGUAAUGACCGCAACCGCGACUGUGUGCUUCUAGGGGGUUUGUCAAGUGUUAAAUACUUAAGAUUGGAUCCUUCCUAUCAAAUGUUCACUGUCAAAAGGGAUUUGCAAUGCUGCCCCAUGUUUGGCAAUUUAAGGACUUUGGUACUUGAUAACUGGCGUUUGAACAUUGGCUUGGAAGUGCUACUCUGUUUUCUUCAACACACACGACUCCUAGAGAAGCUUAAUAUUAAUGUGCCAAAGGAAUCUGAGAAGCCCAAUAUUGUGGACAAUGAAUUAUGCAAUUCCAUUGCAGAAUUCGUUCAUCUGCCAUAUCUUAGUGUUGUUGAAGUUAGAUACAGAAAGGAUGGUUAUAAGAUUUGCCAUUGGGAACUUUUGAAAAUCUUGGAAGUCUCUGUAAGCAAUCUGAAGCAAUUCAAUGUCAUCAGAGAUAUUUGGUACGUACCAAACUACUGGAACUACUGAUAUAGUUAAUGAAGAAAGUUCCUCCUCAUCCCAUGAAGUAUGUUUCCAAAAUCUGACUAAAAUAUGUGUUAGGACAGAGUUUAGGUUUACGUUGGCAUGAACAUACAUGAACCAAUCGUACCAUCUUUG